CCCCCCGCUCCCCCCACCCCCGCUCUGCCCCGAGGAGAAGCCGGGCGCAGGGCACCGGGCACGGCCCCGCGCGGGGGGAGCCCACGCCAGGAUUCCAUAGCUAUAUAUUCAUUAACCGGGUGUAAUUGCAUUUCCCCCCCGCCACCCCCCGCCCCGCCGUGCCUCCACCGUGCCCGCGAUGGCAGCGCGGGGCGGCCCCGGGCCCCGCGGGCUGGCGGUUGUGCCACCGAUCGCCCUGUCGCCAGCAACCAUGUCGCCGGUCAGCACCCUAGCGCUGGGCAUGGAUAACCUGGGGGGACUGGGCAGCCACGGGGACACGCCGAAGCGGCGACUGGCAGCGCUGUGCCCGCAGGGCCGCUGGGCUGGCAGGGACGUGGCUCCCGGUUUGGCGGCCCCGGGCUCUUCCCGGGACUCCGUGUCCUCGGAGUCCUCGGAUGCGGGAGUGGGGCUGGACUCCCCCACGGAGGAGGACCCCGAGGCACUGGAGGAAGCUUUCGAGAAAGCAGUGCAGGAAACUGGGAGAGUUCUCAAAGACAAUAAGCUCCUUAUCCGGAGGAUCCAGUCACUGCCACCACGGCUCCUGGGAGCCAGCCCUGCCCUGAAGAACAUCUCCCACUCCCGAGAGUUCAAUGGCUGCGAGAAGAGAAGCCACAGAGAGCCUGAGGACAUGGAAGGGUUCGUCUUCAAGAAGCCACAGAGGCCAGGUCAGCGUGGCAGACUGCCCACCAGUGAUGGCAGUGUGGGCAGGGAUCGCUUUGCCCAGAGACUUGGCUCUGCACCUGAACUUCUGUUUGACACCCCCGAGAAGGAAAACGUCCCCAAGGGUGAGAGCCCUAUCAUCUUGCGCCGCUGCUCCUUGACCUCCUCCAUGUCUGAGGAGGAGGAUGAUGGUUUCAUGGAGAUCCUGGAUGAGGAGGAGAUGAAGAGUGAUGGUGACAUGCCCCAAGGGAUGGAGAACCUGCUGACUGCACCACUGGUGAGGAAGGAGGAAGCAGAGCCGUGUCCCGCGAGGCGUGGCAAGUGCCGGCAGCUCUUCCGCUCACCCUCCAUGCCCAGCAGCAUCAUCAGGCCCAUCCUGAAGCGCAUUGACAGGCCCCAGGACAGGGACACCCCUGUCAAGACCAAGCGGCGAAAGAGCGUGGCCGGGACCCCCGGCGAGGAGGCGGCGGAGCCGAGAGCUCGGCUGCUGCGCUCCAGGUCCUACUGCCAGGAGGAGAUCGAGAACCUGCUGGCCAAUGACCACCGAGAGCUCAUCGGGGACUUCUCUAAGGCUUAUGUCCUGCAGACAGUGGAAGGGAAGCACCAGGACCUGAAGUACAUUUCCCCUGAAAUGAUGGUGGCUGUGCUGACAGGGCAGUUCAGCAGCCUCAUCGAGAGCUGCGUGAUCGUGGACUGCAGGUACCCCUACGAGUAUGAGGGAGGACACAUCAAGGGUGCUGUGAACCUGCCUCUGGAGCGGGACGUGGAGGAGUUCCUGCUGAAGAAGCCCAUCGUGCCCUUCGAUGCCAGCAAGAGGGUCAUUGUCAUCUUCCACUGUGAAUUCUCCUCGGAGAGAGGGCCCAGGAUGUGCCGGUUCAUCAGGGAGAAGGACAGAGCCUGUAACGAGUACCCCAACCUGCACUACCCUGAGCUCUACGUCUUGAAGGGGGGGUACCGAGAGUUCUUCCCCCAGUACCAGAGCCACUGUGAGCCCCAGGACUAUCGACCCAUGCACCACGAGGACUUCAAGGAGGACCUGCGCAAGUUCCGCCUGAAGAGCCGCACCUGGGCUGGGGAGCGCAGCAAGAGGGAGCUCUACAGCCGCCUCAAGAACUGCUGAUGGGCCCGGGGGUCCCCAGGCAGCCCCCCUCCCCAGGGACCCCCUGUCCUUCCCAGGACACCCUCACUGCUCUUUGGGGCUAUCAUCAGGCACCAUCUCCCAGCCCACAACCUGGCCACCCCCUGCCCUCCUCUGCACAGUGCCCAGCAGGGGUGGGGGCCAAGAUGGUGGUUUUGCCCUUUUUAUUUUACCCGAAAAAGGGUUAAAAAAAGAGUUAGGUUUUACCCUAACUGGUGGCUGGAGGGGGAGAACUGUAGCAGAGGGUGGGGACAUGACAGUCCUGGACUGUUCCUAAGUCAGUGCCAGGUUCAGCCUUCCUCUGGGGCGUGAGCCAAGGGACCCCCUUCCCCUUGCCCCCUAGGCCAAAGAGAAAGCCACCCAAGGCCUGGGGUGGUCACAGAGCUGGGCAGACCCUCUAUGGGGCUGGGUGCCCCUCAGGGAGGGGGGGGAGUGCACCAGGAGAGGUUUAAUUGGCAGCAUUAGCAGCAAAGCACUUAAAACUCCUCUGCACCCACAGUGGGUGGGUAGGGGUGGGCUGGGGUGGGCAUCUAGGGAGUGCCCCCCCAACUGUCACUGACUGCUUGAGCCUGGGGUUGUUGUGGGGGGUUUGGACCCCUUGUCUUAUUUAAAGUAGUUUGUUCUCUGGUGAACUUUGUGGGGCUUGAGAGGCUUCACCCUGAGCCUGGAUCUGGGCCACCCACGGGAAUAUGCCAUGGUGUGGGGCAAGCACUUGUGUGGAAUGGGUGAGCUGGGAAGGGUGGGAAGCAUGUCCUCGGCCCAGAACUGCCAGCACAGGGCUGUCCCUGUGUGCUCUGCUGUUUUUUUUACACUUGGUUAAAGACUCUUUAGGAGAGAGAACAAA